GGCAGUGGAGGGGAAACGGGGAGAAUCAUAUACGCAGGAAACACCACCCACAUGUAGGGACGAAGUUAAACUUUAAACCCGCCCGAUCUGAUUUCCUUUAAGUAACAUAAAGGGAGUUACGAGUGCUAAAGACAGUUUAUGUUUUAAACGACCGAAACUGAAACAUGGCGCUUUGGUAAUACUGUGAAACGCAUGACUACUAUCGUUGUAUUGCACUGACAAAAUGGAGUGUUGGAAGAGAGUUAGUGGCAGUUUAAAAGAAAAUGCCCUUUUGUUCUCAACCCUAGUGGCUGUGUGCUUAGGAGUGAUUUUAGGCUUAAGCCUUCGCAUGAUCCAACCUAAUGAUGACGUUAUCAUGGUCAUCGAAAUGCCUGGUGAUAUUUUCUUGAGGGUUUUACGCAUGCUGGUGCUGCCCAUCAUGGUGGCUAGUAUUAUAACAGGAAGUGCUACUUUGAGUGGUAAAGCAGAAGGAAAAGUUGCUCUCUACACUUUUGUUAUUUUCAUCGCUACAAGCCUAAUUGCUUCCCUCAUUGGUUUAUUGUUUGUGGCGUUAGUCCAUCCAGGAAACCCAAAUAUAAAACCAUCAGCAACCGAAGCAAAAGAACAAUUUACACCCAAUGCGAAACUUUUGGAUACAUUUUUGGACCUCUUCAGGAACGCCUUACCAGAUAAUCUCGUGGAGGCAUGCGUGAAGCAGGUGUACACCAAGUACGACGAAGAUCCUUUCAAUAACAAGACAUUUUCUAGAAAGUUAUAUACUCGACCAGGAACGAAUGCCCUAGGAUUGAUCGUCUUUUCACUCGUGUUUGGUGUUAUAUUAGGAUCCCUUCGAGAAAGGUCACAAAUUAUGAUUAAAUUCUUCAAUGGUUUGGAUAAAAUUGUUAUGAAGCUGGUUUUGAAAGUUAUGUGGUUAACUCCAAUAGGUGUUUUGAGCUUGAUUUGUUCCAAACUACUCGCCGUCUCCGAUAUUACGACUUUAUUACAACAGAUGGCGGUUUUUGUAGUUACUGUUCUGGGAGCUCUUACUACAGAAGUACUGGUUGCUCAGCCUCUGCUUUUCUUCGUCAUCACUCGUGAGAAUCCGUACGUCUUUCUCGUCAGGUUGCUGCAAGCCAUGAUAACAGCGUUUGCUGUAUCAUCCAGCUCUGCUACAAUGCCAGUGACCUUACGUUGUCUGGAAGAGAAAUGUCAUGUCGAUAGACGAGUCACAAGGUUUGUGGUUCCUUUAGGAACGACCAUAAACAUGAAUGGAACUGCCUUGUUUAUCACCAUGUCGACGUUUUUCAUCGCCCAAAUGAACGGAAUUCCGCUGCAGGCAGGGGACUACUUAGCAGUUGUAAUUACCGCUACUGCUGUAAGUGUUGCAGCAACUUCCGUUCCUAGUUCUUCAUUGUUCCUGAUGGUCAUGUGCUUGUCUGCUAUUGGUGCUCCUGUCAGUGACGUCAGCCUUUUAUUUGCUGUCGAAUGGAUCAAUGACCGUUCACGGACAAUCAACAACAUCAUAGGUGACGCUUUUGCUAGUGGAAUGGUUGCUCAUCUCUGUCGUAAGGACCUGGAAAACGAUGACAAUGUAGAUGACACAACUGUUCGGGCUUCAAAUAUAAUGUAAUUUUUUUAAAUGUUUUUUCAUGACAAAUAUUUUAAUAUAUGAUUACAGACUGUAUUUAUCGGUUCUGUAAGAUCAUAUCAGGAUACUCAAUAAAAUAAAGUUAUUUUCGAGA